AUGGCUGAACAUUUUGAGUCAGAUGAUCAAAAUAACCUCACUGAUGUAGUGAUUCAACAAGUUGUGUCUAAGAAUGUAAUUGAAUCGGAGAAAGUACUAGAGGUAGUGCCAGAAAAAGUGAGACCGAAGGAGGGGAAAAAAGAAGCAGAACGGCUAGUUGUACAGAAAAAGCCUCCUGCACCAUUCCCUCAAAGAUUCGCAAGGAAAAAAAAGGACGAUCAGUACCGGAAAUUCUUUGAAAUCCUAAAACAACUUAGUGUCAAUAUUCCCUUACUGGAGGCACUGAAAGAUAUACCUAUGUAUGCUAAAAGGACGAAAGACUUCUUGUCAAAGAAGAUUAACUUUCAGGACAUGGCAACGGUACAGCUGUCAAUGGAAUGUUGUGUUGUAGUUACCAGGCCCAUUUCUCAAAAACUAAAAGAUCCUGGAAGUUUCACCAUUCCGUGCAUGAUAGGGGAUUAUUCUUUUGCUAAGGCAUUAUGUGAUUUGGGAGCCAGCAUCAAUUUGAUGCCUCUAGCCAUUUAUAAGAAACUUGGCCUACCAAGCCUAAGACCGACAGUUAUGCGACUGCAGCUAGCUGAUCGUACCCUGGCACACCCAGAAAGUAUUAUUGAUGAUGUAUUAGUACAAGUUGACAAGUUCAUUUUUCCUAUAGAUUUUGUUAUAUUGGAUUGCAAGGUAGACAUUGAAGUCCCACUCAUAUUGGGACGACCCUUCUUAGCUACGGGAAGAGCACUUGUUGACUGUGAAGUAGGGGAACUGAAGAUGAAUUUGAAUUAUGAAGAAACUGUUUUCCAUGUACAAAAAUCAAAGAAACGACCAAGUGACAUUGGAUAA